GAAGAAGGAACAAAGCUGAAAAGACAACUGAACAAAACGAAAAGGUUGAGCUCUCCAGAGCACAAACUGGUGUUCGUUUUCGCAGAGAAGCCAACUACAGUACAACUGGCAGUACAUAGUGUAUCUUUUUCUGGAGCAGAGAAAAUCCAUCGCCUUUGAAGAAUUCAGUUUUUCUUCUAACUCCUUCGCUAUCCUUUGUGAUCUUUACGAUGGACCAUCGUCAGUAUCAUGCGUCUGUUGGAAUUUGCCCUGGUAUGCCAGGAGAUAUCGUGGCUGUGCAACGUAACCACUGCGUCCAUUAUGCCAUGAAUGUCGGUGGGAACUAUAUUAUUCAUCGUGCCAACCCGGCCACGGAGGGUGCUGUUGCUGUACGUGUUCCUGACCAGGGUGUGCACAUCUGCAAGCAAUUGUUCACCGACUACGCGCGACCAGGAGAGCAGUGGUGGGUCCACAACAUGUUCGAUGACCAAUUGCAGCCCCUGCCUGUAGACCAAAUCAUGAUCCGCGCUCAUGGAAAGCUUGGGGAGCCAGGGUAUAGCCUGAUCAGUCAGAACUGUGAGCACUUUGUCAAUUGGUGUAGAUAUGAUAAAGCAGUGAGUGCUCAGGUGGACACUGUCCUGAGUACAGUGGCAAACGAAGCAGGAACUACAGCCGUACGGAAAGGUGCACACCUCGGAGCGAUCGGUGGCCGUGUUGGCUCUUCAUUCGGAGCAUCAGCGGGACGUGUCAUUGGCAGUGUUGUCGGUGCAACCGUGGAUCGCAAUGAAGCUGUACGCGCAGAGCAGGAUGGUGUCCCGGCAUCGGGUCGCAAUCGUGAACAGGAGUGGGCCGAGAAAGGACGUGACAUUGGCCAGAAAAGCGUUGGUGUUAUUGGUGCGGUCGGUGCUGCGGCCGUUGGUGGAGUUUGGGGUUUCGUCAGCGGCGGUGUCAGCGGUGCGUCGCGUGUUGCUGCCGAUCACAAUGUGACCCGCGAUAACUUCACAAACGUCGCCGGUCAAGUGGUGAGUGCAUCUACAGGGCCUGCAGCUGCCAGAACCUGACCCCUCAAACCAGAGCAGCACAUCCAGUGUACGUAUUUGUUAUUUAGUACCAUCUGGCAUAUCCUUUUUUAUCAUUUUCCUACCGGUUUAUUGAUUAAUCCGCAGUUCGCGUAAAUCCUGUAAUAUGUAUACCCCCCACCAUAUCAGCAAUUCCUUCCAUCCAUGUCCAUGUAGUAGCACACAUGUAGGGCUGGCACCAGUGUGCACGUGACGUCGAGUUUGCUGUAGAAUUUUUUAUUAUAGUUUUGUGACUUCUGUGUGUAGGGGCGGCAAACUGUUAUGUCCUUGAUAGUCGAAUAUCAUGGAUUCAUAAUUAUUGUCUGUUAUCAGUACAACCAUAAAAUACACACGGGAACACCAUCAUACUAUAAAUUACUCUUCUGAUAUUUGGUAUCUUUGAAAUAGAGCUUAUCUUUAACACCAACACUCAUAUACAUGAUGUAGGUGUCUACAAUUGUAGUACAUUCAAUUUUGUUGAAUUAGAGUUGGUGCUGUGUUGAA